GACUUUCCUUUGAACCAUCGAGAUGAAUUUUAAAAUUUUUGCUUUCAUCACCCUUGUGGCUACGGCGCUAGGGAGCACAGUUCCGUCAUACAACACUCCUGCUCCAACUUAUAAUGCUCCAGCUCCGUCUUAUAGUGCUCAUGCCCCUUCUUACAACGCCCCUGCUCCUUCCGGACCAGCUCAGUACAACUUCAACUACGAGGUGAAGGACGACUAUUCUGGAAACGACUACAAUCAUCAGGAAAAUCGUAAUGGUUACGAUACUCAGGGAGCUUACUACGUUCUCCUUCCCGAUGGCCGUAUACAGAGAGUUUCCUACACCGUGAACGGCGACUCCGGAUACAUUGCCGAAGUUACUUAUGAAGGAGAGGCCGAACAUCCUGCUUACCAGCCUGCUCCUUCUCGCUCCUACCAACCCGCCCCCGCCCCUUCCUACCAACCAGUUCCUACUCCCUCCUACCAAACCACUCCUACUUAUGCAUAAUUUGUUAACCUGAAUAACCUUCUCUAUUGUUUUUAUGAAUGAUAAUUUAA